CCGGUUCUGUUCCUAAGACCGAGCCGAAACGCUUGAGGAUCGAGACGCGAUUGAGAGAACUGAGACUAUCUCCGGCGAGGCGACGAAGAGAGAGAGAGAGAGAGAGAGAGAGUGAGGGAGGAGGAUGACGAUCGACGACGAGAGCUCGGUGUACGUCGGAGGCCUUCCGUACAACGUCAACGACGACUCCCUCCGCGACCUCUUCGCCAUCUACGGCUCCAUCGUCGCCGUCAAGAUUAUUAACGAUCGUUCCACGAGGGGGAAAUGCUACGGCUUUGUCACGUUCACGAACCCGAGGUCGGCGAUCGAUGCCAUCAAUGACAUGGACGGAAGGACUAUCAAUGGACGGGUGGUUAGAGUUAAUGGGGUGAAGACUAGAGGAGGUAGAUGGGGCUUCGGCCGUGAGGGCUUGCCACGGAGCAAUGAGCGGGGCAUGGAUCGAGAACGAGGUAGACAUAGGGAAAGGGACUAUGAUCACGAUAGGGACAGGCAUUUGGAUCGGUAUAGUGACAGGUCUAGAGAGCGAGGUCGGUCUCGAGACCAUGACCUGGACAGGGAGAGAGAGUAUGAGCAUGCUCACGGUCAUGAUUAUGAAAGGGAUCAUCUCGUGGAUAGAGAUGAGGACGCCGGCAGGGAUGUGGUUGACGAUGAGCAAGAGCACAGCAGGGAGCACGUAAGGAUUCAUGACAUGGACACAGAUGGCGAUAUGCCGAUUGACAGAAGGGACCUUAAUGAUGCAAAUCAGUUUUCAAGGAAGCGGAGAGGUUCCAGUCCUAACAGCCUUCAUAGUAGGGAACUUUCAUCAGAUUUGCUUUAUGAUAGUUAUGAUCAGACUAAAGAGCAACUGGAGAUUUCAAUUCAGAAGCAUGAAGAACUGAAAGAUGAGAUCUCUCAUAUGGAAGAGACGUUGGAUGAAAAGCAACAAUUUAUCUUAGAACUGCAGAAGAAAUCUAAGAAAUUAGAGGAUUCUUUGACCUCUGCAAAAAAACUAACUUCUCGACGCAAGAUGCAGUUGACCAAGCUUCACAAAUGCUAUCUUCAAAUCAGAGACUACAGCAGCAAACUUAAAAGCUGUGAACAGGAACUGCAGUCCCUUGUUGAUUCGGCAUUGGCAGAAAGUGACUUUGGCAACGAUACUAGCUUAAGGCGUGGAGUACUGGUUAAUGGCAAUGCGUGACACGUCACUGAACUGUCGAAUCGAGAAGCAUGGUGGAUUAUUGGAUUAGUGUGGAGUUUUGUUUUCGGGUAUGGAUGUAAAUCUGCAUAGAGAUGCUGAAUUUAUGGGGAUUUAGAUAUUUGAUGUAUGAUGGUGGAUGUUAGAAUCUCGUCCCAUGUCAACUGCCAGAUGAGUUCUUGGUUUACCUUUGUUCUGGUUGUAGGGAAAAAUUCUUCUUAUGACAGCUUAUGGAAAGAAAAAACAUUACUUCAGGCUUCAGGGAGCAGAGAGUACCUUUGCAGAUUAAUAAUGGAGCAUUAUGCUUUGUAAAUGAA